AUGUCGUCUCCUGCCGACAAGAAGAACGACUUCCUGGGCCUCACCCAGAAGGAUGCCAAGCUCCUUCUGCUCGGCAUCGCGUGCACCUCUGAGAGCGACAAGGUGGACUUCGCCAAGCUUGCCCACAAAAUGGGAUACACUGCGAAUUCGGCCCGUGUCCUCCACGGCAACGCGCGGCGAAAGCUGCAGCGGCUGCACGGCGGUGAUGAGACUGAGGACAGGAAGGAGAUCGACACAUCUGCCAAGGCCACCGUGACCCCCAAGAAGUCCCAGAGUGGAACGUCAACCGAGUCCAAGAAGGAUGCUCCUGCCACCGAGUGA